AUGGCGUGGCAACCCUCGCCCGAGUCUCUCCAGACUCUGGCCGUCUAUCUCAAGGACUCUCUCAGCGGCUUCGACAAGGCAGCUCAGAAGAAGGCCGAGCUGAUGCUGUCACAAGCCAAAACCUCACCAGACUUCAACAACUACCUAGCCUACCUCUUCUCCAGCGCCGAACCGCCCUCGGGCCUCCAGUUCUCCGCGCAAGAUUAUGGCCUUGUUCGGUCCGCCGCGGCGAUCAUGCUGAAAAACAAUGUCAAGUUCAAUUUCAAGCAGAUCCCCGAGGCCUCGCUGGGUCUGAUCAAGAUGGCCGUUCCUCUCGGCAUACAAGACAAGUCUCCCCAGAUUCGAAGCUACGCCGGAAAUAUUGCAACAGAGCUCAUCAGCCGCGUGGGGAUAUACUCGUGGCCCGAGUUCCUCCCGGAGCUUCUCAAGAUGAUCGGGAAUGAGACCGGUCAGGUGUCUCCGGAGGGCCAGGAGGGCGCAAUGGCGGCCAUGGCCAAGAUCUGCGAGGACAACUUCAAGAUAUUGCAGCGCGAGCAGAACGGCCAGAGGCCACUCAACUAUCUCCUGCCCAAGUUCAUCCAGGCGACCAAGAGCAGCCUGCCAAAAGUGCGCGCCCAGGCUCUGACUGCCAUCAACGUCUUCACGCCGCGCAAGACCCAGGCCAUGCUCACCUGCAUAGACGACCUCCUCCAGGCUCUCUUCACCUUGGCCAACGACGCCGACGAGGAUGUUCGACGCCAGGUUUGCCGCUGCUUCGUGCAACUGGUUGACACGAGGCCCGACAAGCUGACACCCCACAUCGCUGGCCUGGUGGAUUAUAUCAUCACACAGCAGAAGAGUGAGGAUGAAGAGCUUGCGUGCGAGGCGGCCGAGUUCUGGCUCACAGUCGGCGAGCAUGAAAACCUGUGGCAGGCUCUGAACCCGUACAUUCAAAAGAUCAUCCCCGUCCUCCUGGAGUCGAUGGUCUACGGCGGCGAGGAUAUUGCUCUGCUGGGUGGUGCGUCGGACGACGAGGAAGAGGAGGACCGCGUGGAGGAUAUCAAGCCUCAGUUCGCGCAAAACAAGUCGGCGCGCAAACUCGCCGCGCAUCAUUCGGCGGAUGCCGCUGAGAACGGCAACGCGUACCAGAAGCUUGCCAGCAUGGACAACGACCUGGAAGAGGGUGAAAUUGACGAGAUUGACGAUGAGUUUGGUGACGAGAAUCCGGAUGAGAAAUGGACUCUGCGAAAAUGCUCUGCGGCCGCGUUGGACGUCUUUGCGCGCGAUUUCAAGGACCCCGUCUUCGAGUGUAUCCUCCCGUAUUUGACGACAAAUCUGAAGCACGAGGAGUGGCCGCGUCGAGAGGCUGCUGUCCUCGCCCUCGGUGCUGUCGCAGAGGGCUGCAUCACGGUUGUGACGCCUCACCUGCCGGAGCUGGUUUCGUACCUCAUCUCCCUCUUAAACGACCCAGAGCCCAUUGUUAGACAGAUCACAUGCUGGACGCUCGGCCGCUACUCGUCGUGGGCUGCCAACCUGAAAGACCCACAACAAUUACAGGCGUAUUUUGUGCCGAUGAUGGAGGGCAUCCUGCACAAGAUGCUCGACAAGAACAAGAAGGUCCAGGAGGCUGGUGCGUCGGCCAUGGCGAACCUCGAGGAAAAGGCCGGAAAGGUCCUAGAGCCAUACACCGGGCCGAUCGUUCAGCAGUACAUCCGCUGUUUCGCCAAGUACAAGGACAAGAACAUGUACAUUCUCUACGACUGUGUUCAGACGCUUGCCGAGAAUGUCGGGCCUGUUUUGUCGCUGCCAGAGCAUUCGAGCCAGCUGAUGCCCGCCCUGAUCGACCGAUGGCAGAAGGUUGCCGAUGAGUCGCGCGAGGUAUUCCCGCUGCUUGAGUGCUUGUCUUACGUCGCCAUGGCGAUGAGAGAUGCCUUUGCUCCCUACGCGCACCCUAUCUUCAGGCGCUGUGUCACCAUCAUCCACCAGAAUCUCGAGCAGACCUUGGCGGCCAAGACCAACCACAACUACGAUCAACCCGACAAGGACUUCCUCGUUACAAGUCUCGACCUCUUGAGCGCCAUUAUCCAGUGUCUUGAGGAUGACAAGGCCCAGGCUCUUGUCAAGGACGCAGACCCAGCUUUUUUUGAGCUCUUGAAUUUGUGUAUGGAGGACCCAGCGGAUGAAGUCCGACAGUCAGCGUACGCUCUUCUUGGCGAUUGCGCCAAGUAUGUUUUCCCACAACUGCAGAACCACCUAUCAUCGAUAUUCCCCAUCCUGCUCAGGCAGCUCGACUUUGAUAAUGUAGUCGACGAAGACAUCGAGGGCUGUUUCAGUGUAGUCAACAACGCCUGUUGGAGCGCUGGAGAGGUCGCCAUCCAGAAUGGAAAGAGUACGGCGCCGUACGUGAACGACCUGAUGGAGCGUUUCGUGCAGAUCAUGGUCAAUCCGACUGUGCCCGUCAGCGUGACAGAGAAUGCCGCCAUCGCCCUUGGCCGCUUGGGCCUGCAGAACGCAGACAUCUUGGGGCCUCACCUGUCGACAUUUGCCGACGAGUUCCUGAGUGCCAUGACCGAGCUGGACUCUACAGACGAGAAAGCGAGCGCUCUGAAGGGGUUCACGAUGAUUGUCGGCCAAAACCCGCAGGCGAUGGAGAAGAGCAUGUUAUCGUACUUCCAGUGCAUAGCGCAGUACGACACGAGGUUGCCGAGCGAUAUCAAUCGCGAAUUACAUGAUCUUUUCCAGAAGAUCAUCGAUGUCUAUCGGCAAAUGAUUCCUCAGUUCGAUCAAUUCCUCAACCAACUACCUGCUGCGGAUCGCGAGGCUCUGAAAAGCAGCUACACCAUGUAG